CACACACACUGAUAACUGUAGACAUUGGUCAGGCUCUUAAAAUGUUGUUGAGAGGCAACCAUUAUGAUAAACGAGGGUUUGACAUGCUUUUAGAGGAAGAGAUGACACACUCAACGGACAUCGAUCGACAUUUAGCGACAGAAGAAUAUAUAACAUUAGAUAUUUGAACGCGAUGCGGAAACGCGGAACUUUAACAUUUUUUUUAGUUACUCAGAAACGAUUUUUGAUUUGUUUCUUAAUUAUUAGCGGGAAAAAAUAAUAUAAAAUGGCUUCUAGAUCGGGUUUAUCAGGUUUCCCCGUCAACCCCAGUACCCCAAUAAACCCCAGCAUGAACCCCAUGAACCCGGGUCACAGCAGCGCCAUGAGAAUGCCAGCAAUGCCGCAGAAUUCACCCUUCAGAGGGAUGGGCAGUACCCCGAACCAGUACCACCAAUGUCACAAUAGUAAUCCUCAAAUCCUACAGUCGUACCCACAGCGCUCGAGUAUGUCACCCAGCCGAGGAAUGCCAAUGGGGGGCAUGGGGUCUAUGGUUUCCACUCUGCCCGGUCCGUCUUAUAGUGGAGCCAUGCCCAUGCGACCCGGGAUGCCUCAAGCUGCGAUGGACCCUGUCCGGAAGAGACUCCUUCAGCAGCAGCCCGGGGGUCUUAUGGGUCCAAGAAGGGGGGUGAAGAGGCGUAAGAUGGCUGACAAAGUCCUCCCACAAAGGAUCAGGGAUCUGGUCCCAGAGUCUCAGGCUUAUAUGGACCUUCUGGCCUUUGAGAGAAAGCUGGACCAGACCAUUGCUCGCAAACGAAUGGAGAUACAGGAGGCCAUCAAAAAACCAAUCACGCAAAAACGCAAACUGAGGAUCUAUAUUUCUAACACCUACAUGCCUGGCAAGCCAGAAGGGGAGGAGGCUGAAAAAGUGGCAUCCUGGGAACUUCGAGUGGAAGGCAAACUCCUGGAGGAUCCUGGGAAACAGAAACGAAAGUUUUCAUCCUUCUUUAAAAGCCUGGUUAUUGAACUGGACAAAGAACUUUAUGGCCCAGACAACCACUUGGUGGAGUGGCACAGAAUGCUUACAACUCAGGAGACAGACGGAUUUCAGGUGAAGAGACCAGGGGAUGUGAAUGUGAAAUGUACUCUCCUUCUCAUGCUAGACCACCAGCCUCCGCAGUAUAAGCUGGAUCCACGCCUGGCACGACUGUUGGGCGUGCACACUCAGACCAGAGCCAGUAUCAUGCAGGCCUUGUGGCUCUACAUCAAAAACAACAAGCUGCAAGACUGCCAUGAGAAAGAGUACAUUAACUGCAACCGAUACUUCAGACAGAUUUUUGGCUGCCCCAGGAUGAGAUUUUCGGAUAUCCCCAUGAAACUUGCCAGCCUCCUACAGCACCCUGACCCCAUCGUCAUCAAUCAUAUAAUCAGUGUGGAUCCCAAUGAUCAGAAGAAGACUGCAUGCUUUGAUAUCGAUGUUGAGGUGGACGACCCUCUGAAGGCUCAGAUGACCAGCUUCCUGUCAUCCACAACCAGUCAACAGGAGAUCACUGCCCUGGAGAUGACGAUCCAUGAGACUAUUGAAUCCAUCAACCAGUUGAAAACCCAGAGAGACUUCAUGCUCAGCUUCAGUAACUACCCACAGGAUUUCAUUCAGGACUGGCUCAAGUCACAGAGCCGAGACCUCAAAUUAAUGACAGACACUGUGGGAAAUCCAGAGGAGGAGAGAAGAACCGAUUUUUACCACUCACCCUGGGUCAAAGAAGCUGUUGGACGCUAUAUAUUUUCAAAGGUCCAGCAGAGGAGACAGGAAUUGGAACAGGUACUGGGAAUCCGACUCACUUAAGAGGAUUCAGACUUCAAAUCCACAGUCACCCGAGGAAUUGGCUCAAAUACAGAUGAUAAUGAAGCUUUCUGUUUGAAAACCAGUGGAGGAACUUCAUGUAGAAGUUUGGGUGCUGGGAUUGUUUAGUAUAUUGCUUGUCGGUUUUAGCACUUGUACUAUUACACACAUCUGGCCAUAUAAAUUUCAAAUGGUUUUACAGUAACUGGAACUUCAGUACGUAUCUUUCUCUUUGCAUUCAUUUUCUGAUCUUCUCUUAUAUAAUCUGAAAAUGAGGCAUCCAGUUCAUGAUUCAGUUUGUUGACAUACUCAUCUUUGCUAUUAUUACAUCUUUUUGUAUAUUUUACAGUAAGAUAUACAGUACUGUAGCUUGUUGGCUAGAACCCCUAUAGGUAACUGAUGCAACACAGCUUCUUUUUGUUCAUCAAUUUUGUGUUUAUGGUAGGAAUUGCCAAACUCAAUCAACAUUUGCCAUUUAGUUUUUGAAAGGUUUCCAAUUCUGACUGCAAAGGCUAUUUUUACAAUUGAAUUGCACAGUUUUUGAGUUAAGAUGCAGUUACUUAUAAUUAAGUAGACUAGUAAUGAAAAUGCAAUUUUUUCUUCAAUUUUCAAUAUUGUGGAGUUUUCCAUUUGGUCUCUCAGGAAAAUAUGUGCUGCACUGCAUUCAAGAGCCAUGUUUUUGUAUUUCCACCCCAGCGGGAAAUCCAGCACAUUUGGUUGUCCAGCUGUUUUAGUUCAGUGUACCAGACUUUCUGUCUUCAUCUUGUUGGUGUGUUUACAGAUUUUUUUUUUUUUUAGCAUUGAAAGUCCGCUGCAGUGGCAGAGACCAUACAGCAGUGACCGAAUUUGUGAAAGGUAGUGCUUCAGGUGUGCGAACCAUCAGCAUAUUCUUAU